UAUAUAUAGUUAUAGUCUAGUUUGCAUUAAUUAUAUAAUCAACUGCUUCUGAACGGGAGUGUCAAUUUUUAGAAUGAUAUAUUAUUUUGGCCUUGAUAAUAAUGGCUAUGAAAAUAAACAUGAGUUGGAAAGUAAUUUCAUUCAUCAGUUAUACUUUAUUAAAUUUGUCUGGUACUUUCUUUAAUUGUCUAGCCAAACAAAGCCACUUUGAUAUAAAAAUGAAUUAAUUAAUUGACUUUGGCAAACGUGUAAUCAAGAGGUUAAUAUUUCGUAGGAAAAAUAUCUCGAAGGAAAUACCACAAAUAUGUGCAGUCAGACACACUACACUGGUAAAUUUACAGUUUUAUGAUAACUAUAAUAAUAACCUACAUUACGAGCAUUUAAUUUACACUCUGAAACUCAAUCAAUAACAUUAGGAAUAAUGCAAUUCCGCAUGAUUCGAUUGUAAAAUAUGAUAGAUAAUACAUGAUUGGAAAUAAAUAGCCAAAAAUAUGCAUUUUAUUUACUUCUGAAUUGAAUAAUUAUUAAUAACCCUAUUACUCUUCUGCUCCAUUCGAAAUUAAUUUGUUUUGCGUUAAGGAGGAAUAGUCUUGAAACAUAUAUGAUGAGAAGCAUCAUAUCGGAAAAUAACUGUAGUAUAAGAAUUAUUUGUUAAUAUAUAAUUGAAUAUUAUACAACAGAAUAUUUAAAUCGAUAUAUAUAUACAAUGUAAAAAUAAUAGCUAGUUGUAGGUAGGUAGCAUUUAGAGCAUAUUAGACGAAAGGUAGAAAAUAUUUGCAAAAUUAGUAUAAAAAUGUUUUGAUUUGCAAUACUACUCACUAUAGAGGCUCAAUUAAGAAGUAGUAUAGACAAAUCUAAAACAUUCUUAUUUAUUGAAGCUAAUAAAUUGCAAAUGGCAAAGUUGUUCGCCUACGCCAACUAGUCGUAACAGCACCCUGUUAGCUAAUAUUAUACGACAAAAAUAUGUAUUUUGAUACACUCAAUUUUAUAUGGUUUUUUCUUAUAUUCUAUAGCUUACCAUUUUUGAAGCUUAUAGACGGAGCCCUGGACGGUUCCGACUCAAUACUUAAAGCACAAUUUGCUUAAAACCAAUUUUACUGCUCAGGUGGAAUUUAUUGCUUUUGAUAUACAGUAUUAAAGGUGCAUUAUUGCAAGAACUAUCUAAGGCUUUGACGGUAAUAUAAAACGGCAACGAACAACUUGCAGCAGCAAGAAAUAUGUGAAUACAGAGCUUUUUGAAAGCUUUGAAACAAUUUCCAUUCUUUCAUCAUUAGGUCAAACUUUUCUCAGAAUAAUUUUAUUAUAUAGGGCGGCCCAAGCGUGAUAUGUCCAUGUUGAGAACUGCAGUGAAAAUCACUCUAAAUUGCAGGUUCUGUUAGAGUUUCGCUUUUAAAUUGAAACUUUCUGAAAUAGGUAACUUGCAUUGAACAUGUUAUUAAAAAAUGGUAAUCAAUGCUUAGGGUUUGAGUACAUUAUUAAAGUUUUUUCAGAUUCAGUGGAACUGUAUAUAGAACGUUUAUUCCCUUCUCCAAAUCACUAACGGCCGUAUUCAUGAUUUGAUUUAAUCCUAUUGAUGCCUAUUUACUUCUACGGAAAUCAUUCCGACAUAUAUCACAUUAUCUAAGUUUAGGCUAUAACAUCGUAAUUCGCAACUAAAUUGCUAAUAAUACUAAUCAUGUUAGGUUUAGUAAAAUAACCUCAAUAAGUGUCGUUUAUGUUGGAAAGUAAACACGUAACGGUUACAAAAUGAGGCCAUAAAAGACACAACCUGAACGGAUUUAUUUAAAAUCUGCUACUUUUUGUAAAAGCUUCAAAAAUAUCGCCCAGCUAUUUAUAAUCAAUUUACAAUAAACCAAUUCUCCUAACGAUUUUAAUUAAUUCGCAAAAUCCAUUUAAACUGUAAAAAUCAAGCAUCAUCAAGAAAAUCUGCUAAACAAAAUAUUAAUCUGCGUUAUUGAUUAUGCAGAACCAGUCCCUUUUCUCUCACCAAUUCAACUAAGUUUGCUUUAUUCCCAGUUUGUCGAAGUGACCCGGAAAAAUAAUGUAAAUACAAAGUUUAAAUUCUUGUUCCUAAAAAUGUUUACAAAUCUAUUUAUUUAGUCUGAGGUCUAUUAAAACGGUAAGAUAAGUAAUCAUUCUAUUUGAAGGAUGUUUAAGGUAAUCUCGCUUAGAUCAUUUUCUUUGCUCAACAUUCUAUAUCAAUAUUUUCUCCAAGUGAGCUGCUUCUUCAUUAAAUUAUUAUAACUACUGGUAUACUGUCUAAUUAAAAUGAGUUGAGUAUUUAAUAGAUACAAUUUCUACAAUGACAAGAACAUUAAAUCGGUGUUAAAGCAAAUAAUAAGUGGCUUGCCAAAAAAAAACACUUCACUUACAGCUUCACAAAAUUUAAAACCUCACUCCUCUAAAGGCUGGAGCUUGUAUGAACGGAAUUAAUGUUGCUUUGAAAGCAAAUGAAUGCAAUAGCAUAGGUAAUUUGGAGCGGUUAGAAAUUCCUAUUCAAACACACGCUCUGAAUCUAGCAAAUUAUCCGAUCAUCGCUAUGCAAUUGUAGAAUUAAUUUUGCCUAAAAUGUAAUGUCUGACUAUGAGAGCGUUUUGUGAUAAAUGAACAAAAGAAACGGUCAACUUUAUUACCUCUUUUAAUAAAAAAAAACGAGUAGUUCUUGCAUUAUCGGCAGCUUUCUUUACUUUUUAAACUCAGCUUGUUGGUUUUUAUAACUGGAAUACUAAACUAUACGGGCUAAUUUUGAGUUAAAUAAUUUAAACGGUAAAUUAAUGAAGCGAAAACAUUUCAAAUUUGAACAAAAUGAUAAUUCGUCCAAAAAAUGUGCUCUAUUCUUCGCGGAAAGUUUUUGCUUCAUAAUCAUCAUACCUUAUUAUUUAUCGAGACAUUAUUCAAGAAUUGCGAGAUAUUAAAAGAUGAAGUCAUAUUUAAUAAGGUGAGUUUACAAACUUUUGCUUAACUUAAUGAAGGGGCUUACGUAAAAUGGUGCAUUACAACUCAGCAGAGUAUUACACAACCAAUAAAAUUCUACCAACCUGAAAGAGCACAUCUUAAGUCAAAUGACUAAAUUAUUCCGAAAACAAAAAAAUGCAUCUGUAAGUUUUGAUUUUUUAGUUUCCGAAAACAAACCAUUGAGAAAAUAGAAGCAUCAAGUCAGCUUCUCGCUCACUUUUACAAAUAAAAUAAAAGUUGAAAAAUAUUUAAACAGUUAAUUCAUUAAAAAAAAUGCUUUGUCCGAAAAUCUGACCAUCUAUGUGAAAGAUAAGUCCGACGAUAUUUAUAAUUCAACUUUUGUUGGUUUUCGUUUCUAUCUAUUAAAUAUGAGUCGUCAACCUGAGAACUUUCGAACUAAAUUGCCAUUUCUACAAUUUUAUAGCAACAUAAAUGAAAAAUUCAAAACGAAAAGAAAUACUCUUUUAAAUAAUUGUUUUGAUUUCAAUAUUUUAAUCUAGAAAGUUGUAAUUUUUUGUUGAUUGUAUUGCAUGGAAUAUAACAUAAUAGUAUUGACUUCCAUUGCUUCUUUGCAGCUUCCAUAAUUAACUAAACAUUUGCCUACCGACCUGAUUAGUAAACUAAUCAUAUUUAUAAUAAAUGGUGUUUUUAUGUCUCAUUGUGUCUCAUGUCCGGGAAAUCUAAUUCCACAACAACCACUUCCGAUCUAAUCAAAAAAUGUUCAACUGUAAAAAUCAGCUGUAAAAAGUUAUUUUAUUUCAACUGCAGUUCUAUAUAUUCUCGAACUGUGUCCCAGACGAACCAACCACAUCAACUGUUCUCUUUGAUACUGGUAGAUUAACUAUACAUAUCCGAUCCGAUAACGUUUGAAAUUUCAGUGCAAAUAAUUAAUGCCAGUGAAAACAAUUUGGUUAAGAAGCUACAUUUAAUUCUAAACAUCUCUUUACUAACAUGAAUGUUGAAAUGAAAUAUUUCGGUAAUUAUCUUGACGCAUUAGAUUACAGUAACUAUCUUGCUAGCUUUACUCUCAAAUCUCUUGCGGUGAAAUUCGGUAAUGAAACAGAGUAUAACAAUCCGACUGUUCCACUACGACAGAGAGAAUAUUCUCGAUGAAUAAGAACAUUGGAAUGGUGAAGAUGUGCCGCAAUCCCCAAAAAUAAACAACAAUUAAUCUGUACAAUAUAAACUUGCCAGGAACGGUAUAUUUGUGACAGCCUUAAAACUAAUGCAUACUUUGAAAUGUUGAUUAGCGAGCAGCCUUAGGUAUUUCUUGCAAGACAAUGUCAUGUUUAAAUAUAAUUCGUAUGUUAAGAUUAGGCGCAGUAGUUACGUUUAGUAUCCAAAUUAGUUGUAAGAUCAUAAAUCUAAGAUAAGAAUCCUCAAAUAAAAUGGCUGUAACCCUAAAACCCGACAAUUCGUAUUUUUCCGCUUUGUCCUCUCGCGUAGGUUAAAAAGAGUGUAGUCAAUAAUAAUUAUUACUAAUAUUAGAUAUUGACAAUUCUGGUAACAAGACCACAGUGCUUUACACACUCAUUGUAAAACAUUGUAAUUAGAGUAUGUAAAACGCUUCACAUUAGAAAAUUGUGCUAAUAUACAAACAAUAUAUUGUCAGUGUUAUAUUUUUUAUAAUUGGUUCUAAUGCUAUUGAAUGUUAGGUGUCUGUUAUGUUAAAUAAAGUUGUUGUUUGAAACACAUUCCUCACCCCGUUGGGGUGACUUUUUUAUUCGAAUUAACCAUUGUUUUUUUUUGUUUUUAGAAUGGUUCGAUUGGAGGAGAUACAGUCGGAAGAGGAAAUGGCGGGCCAGGUGACAACACUUUCUACAGUAACAUCGACAUCAAGCCAGAUAUCAGGCCGAUUAGGAUUGGAAAGCCCAACCUCCUGGUUUCCGAUUUAGUGCUCAAGACCAUGGCGGCAACUAAGAGGAAUGCAGGUUUAACAUCAGCAGUCCCCAGAGCAACUUUGAACGAUGAGGAACUGAAAAUGCACGUUUACAAAAAGACUCUGCAAGCGCUAAUAUAUCCUAUCAGCUGUACGACUCCCCACAAUUUCGUUCCAUGGACUGCAACUUCACCAACUUACUGUUACGAGUGCGAGGGACUUCUUUGGGGAAUCGCUCGGCAAGGAGUGCGAUGCACAGAAUGUGGAGUCAAGUGCCACGAGAAAUGUAAAGAUUUGCUCAACGCGGAUUGUUUGCAAAGAGCGGCGGAGAAAAGCUCGAAGCAUGGCGCCGAAGAUAAAGCAAACAGCAUAAUUACAGCAAUGAAAGAACGGAUGAAACAGCGAGAACGGGAGAAACCAGAAAUAUUCGAACUUAUCAGGGACGUUUUCUCCGUCGAAGAAAAGAGCCAUGCGGGACACAUGAAAGCAGUUAAACAAUCGGUAUUGGAUGGCACAUCAAAAUGGUCAGCAAAAAUAGCCAUUACAGUGAAAUCGGCACAAGGAUUAAUUGCGAAGGACAAAAGUGGAACAUCGGAUCCAUAUGUAACGGUUCAGGUGGGAAAGGUGAAGAAGCGCACACGAACUAUGCCUCAGGAACUGAACCCAGUUUGGGAUGAGAAGUUUUUUUUCGAAUGCCACAACAGUUCGGAUAGAAUCAAAGUGCGAGUAUGGGAUGAAGACAACGAUCUUAAGAGCAAGCUGAGACAGAAACUAACUAGAGAAUCAGAUGACUUUUUGGGCCAAACAAUCAUAGAGGUUCGGACACUAUCAGGUGAGAUGGAAGUUUGGUACAACUUGGAGAAGCGAACGGAUAAAUCGGCUGUGUCUGGAGCGAUUCGUCUGCAUAUUUCCGUGGAAAUUAAGGGAGAGGAGAAAGUAGCUCCUUACCACGUGCAGUACACCUGCUUGCACGAAAACUUAUUCCAUUAUCUCUGUGAGGAAAAUAGUGGUAUCGUCACGCUACCCCAAGCGAAAGGAGACGACGCUUGGAAAGUGUACUUUGACGAAGCACCGGAAGAAAUUGUGGACGAAUUUGCCAUGAGAUAUGGAAUAGAAUUUAUUUAUCAAGCAAUGACACAUUUCCACUGUCUCUCCACCAAAUAUCUUUGCCCUGGAGUACCAGCAGUUAUGAGCAUGCUGUUGGCCAACAUCAAUGCUUAUUACGCACACACGACAGCCUCCACAGCUGUAUCAGCAAGCGACCGAUUUGCUGCUUCAAAUUUUGGGAAGGAAAAGUUUGUUAAGUUACUCGACCAACUGCACAACUCUUUAAGAAUAGAUCUCUCAAUGUAUCGCAAUAAUUUCCCAGCUUCAAGCCCUGACAAGCUUCUAGACCUUAAAUCUACAGUAGAUCUUCUAACAAGCAUCACCUUCUUCCGUAUGAAAGUUCAAGAGCUUUCGAGCCCGCCCAGGGCCAGUACUGUUGUUAAAGACUGCGUAAAGGCCUGUCUAAGGUCUACAUACCAAUUUCUCUUUGAAAAUACCUACGAGCUCUACAGUAGAGAAUUCCAAACCGACCCCAGCGAACCAAAAAGGGAUCCAGAUGAUCAUGGACCUCGGUUGGAUAGCGUGGACUUUUGGCACAAAUUAAUAGCGCUUAUUGUUUCUGUGAUAGAAGAAGAUAAAAAUAGUUAUGGCCCAGUACUGAACCAGUUCCCCCAAGAACUCAAUAUCGGCCAGCUAUCUGCAGCUACCAUGUGGUCGCUAUUUGCAGUUGAUAUGAAAUACGCUCUAGAAGAACACGAAGCACAUAGACUGUGCAAAUCUUCUGCUUACAUGAACUUGCACUUUAAAGUUAAAUGGUUGUACACCAGCUAUGUGAAAGAUGUUCCUCCUUACAAGGGAGCAGUUCCAGAAUAUCCUGCAUGGUUCGAACCAUUCGUUAUGCAGUGGCUGAACGAGAAUGACGACGUUUCGCUGGAGUACCUUAACGGGGCUUUUACAAGAGAUAAAAAGGACGGGUUCCAAAAGAGCAGCGAACAUACAUUGUUCUCCAAUUCAGUGGUGGACGUUUUCACCCAGCUUACGCAAUGUUUCGAUGUGGUAUCGAAACUGGAGUGUCCCGAUCCAGAAAUCUGGAAAAGAUACAUGAAGCGAUUUGCAAAAACGAUUUUAAAAGUGUUAAUUGCCUAUGCUGAUAUCGUGAAAAAAGAAUUUCCUGAUCAUCUAAAGGAAGAGAGAAUAGCAUGCAUUUUGAUGAAUAAUAUCCAGCAGUUAAGGGUCCAGUUAGAGAAAAUGUUCGAGUCUAUGGGUGGAGAGAAGCUGGAAGAAGAUGCCGCAAAUAUUUUGAAAGAGUUGCAACAGACGUUGAAUGGUUGCUUGGAUGAAUUGGCGCAUCAGUUUGCAUCAAGUCUGGAACCUCGAAUCACUCAAAGUGUGAAAGAAUUGGGUGACCUCCUGUUGGCAAUUAAGGGUGGAGGUCAACCAGGUACCCUAAAUCAACCAGCUCAGAGACAACAGGUUGCAGUGGAAGCCGACGAAGUGCUGCGCCCCCUAAUGGACCUGUUGGACGGUUCGCUGUCUCUGUACGCACAGUCCUGUGAGAAAACUGUACUUAAAAGACUGCUGAAGGAACUGUGGAGGAUAGUAAUGAGAAUAUUAGAAAAAACUGUAGUACUACCUCCUAUGACUGAUAAAACGAUGGUGUUCAAGAGUAUAACAGAUAACGCGAAAAACCUGGCGGCUAAUACAAAAAUAGAAGAUAUGUCAAGAUUGUUCAAGAAUCACAUGACUGGUAAGCAAGACGUUAAAAACGCCUUGAGCGGAGUCAUGGAUAUCAGCAAAGAGGUGGAGAAAAACUUGUCACCGAAGCAAUGCGCUGUCUUAGAUGUGGCCUUAGAUACUAUUAAGCAAUAUUUCCAUGCAGGUGGCAAUGGAUUGAAGAAAGCCUUCCUCGACAAAAGUUCUGAACUGCAAAGUUUGAGAUACGCCUUAUCGCUAUACACCCAAACGACGGAUACAUUAAUUAAAACAUUUGUUACUACUCAAAUAAAUGAAGUGCCGCUAAACAAUAAAGAAACUAUGAUGCAACGGCAAAUAUCGAUAGAUCGUGAGGAACCCGAAGCGGGUCUAGAAGCCCUCGAAGAGCCUCUUAAGGCGAAAAAGCCCAGAGACAAAUGGCCAGAUUCAGUCGACGGGCAAGAGGGCAGCGUAGGAGAAGUUUCCAUUCAGGUUGACCUAUUUACUCACCCAGGAACUGGGGAGCACAAAAUAACAGUAAAAGUGGUUGCUGCUAACGAUUUGAAGUGGAAUUUAGUCUCAGGCAUGUUCAGGCCAUUUGUUGAAGUCAAUCUCAUCGGUCCCCAUCUUUCCGACAAGAAAAGGAAACACGCUACGAAAUCGAAGUCAAACAACUGGUCGCCAAAGUACAAUGAAACAUUCAACUUCACUAUUGGUAAUGAGGAACAACUGGAUUACUACGAACUCCACAUUUGUGUUAAAGACUAUUGUUUUGCCAGAGAAGAUAGACUUGUUGGUGUAGCUGUCAUGCAAUUAAAAGACAUCGUUGAUAAGGGAUCAUGUGCAUGUUGGCUUUCACUGGGCAAACGCAUUCAAAUGGACGAAACGGGCUGGACCAUCCUCAGGAUACUCUCGCAACGCACAAACGACGAAGUCGCCAAAGAAUUCGUCAAAUUAAAGUCCGACAUCCGACAGGAAGAUAACAUAACACAGUAAACAGAACUAAGCAUUUACAGUUAUGGAAUAUCCGUGAGUUUCUGUGAACGUUGAACUAUUUUAUGAAAAAUUGAACUUUCUCUUUGGAAAGUUGAACUCUUCUCGUUAAGGGUAGCCUUCUUGUUGCUUUGGUGAUUAAAAAGAUAUUUUCUGUAAUCGAUAAGUGAUUGGACCAUAUUCAAAGCAGAAUGUCGCUUGGACUAGUAUUUAACCACAAACGUUGUUAUUACAUCUAAAUAUAUAAAAUUAAAAUGUGUGGAGCAUACGUUAGACAAUGAUUUAUUAAAAUAUAUGUUGAACAGCGAAUGAGUUAUUGACUGUGCAAGAUUUCAAAAUAGACUUUUUAUUCACCAACCAAAAUCCGAAACAAACACCUGCCCCUGUAAACUAAGUAAUUGUAAUAAAAUAACAGCUUAAGUGUUAAACAUAAGUUGUUAUUUUGCCCGUGUUCAACAUAAGUGUUUAAAUAAUUGUUACUACCUGAAAAGGACCGUCCGCUAUAUUGAACGCGAUGAGACUCAAAGAACUGUCGUUAUAUUUACCGUGCCUCCCGUAUAUAAAUAGUUUAAUAUAAUUUUCAGCGCGCAUGAAAAAAAUUGUGUGUAUACAACUAAUAUUUAAACGCAAUAAAAAAGUAAUUAAUUUGAAAAUUUUGUUAAUUAUUGAUUCGCAUUUCUCAUUGGUUAUAUAUGAUCAUGUCAUCAACUAAAUAUUAAAUCAUGUAUGUAACUAGAUGCCAGGGUGUGCAUUAUACAGGGUUUGUUAGUAGCGUUUAAUUUUCGGUAGCAAACAUUCGUUUUGAUGUUAUAACAAAUUGAGUGAAAAUAGAAAAAUCCGAAUUUUUACUUAAAAUAUUUUAAACUACCAACAUUUUUUCUCAGAUUUUAAUGUUCCUUUUUUGAUAUUAUACAGUAAUAACUGAAUACUUUUUAAUGCAAGAAAUAAAUAGGCCUAUUCCAUUUAGGAUUUUCCAAAUUUCGAAAGUGUUCUAUUUUUAUUAUCCCGUGUGAGUCUUUGAGGAAGGUGUCAACUUUUACAAUUUUAUAAGAUCUUACACACAAAUAGGGAAUGUUCUACAAAAAUUCUGUGUCUAUCUAAAACAUUUUACCCUUCCAACAGCGUUUUGGCCAAAGAAAAAUAAGGUAAAAAUAAGACGAUUUUGCUCAUUUUAUUAUUAGUGCAAUUGAAAAAGUCUAGGAAAAAAUGUACUUUCAUAUUUUUCGACGGCUACUUUAAAAAAUCGUUGCCUCUUUCUUAAGUUCUUAAAUCCAUUGUUUUUAUUUAUUUUACGGACAACGGCUGAUAUUCAGAUCAAUGUCUUUUAUGUGGUAGUCUUUAUUUAAAACGUAAAUAAAAAAACAAUUGUGCUUUGCUUUUAUGCGCAAAAAGAAAAAUCAUAUGAGAACCGCUAGUUCACACGACAAAAUGGACUUCUGAUUAAAUAAAUGUAUAUUUUUUAAAACAGAGUGUCUGUUUUAUUAAGUUUUCGAAAGAUUUAAAUAUUCGGAGUUUUCUAUUAUCACAAAACGUAUAUUUGCAUUUAUAACUGUUUCACUCCAGGCGUGAUAGAUUACGUUUUUUUUUCAUGCUAAUUUAUAUAAGCAAAAGUUUCCUUACAUUGUAUGUAUGGAAAAGUAAAUGAAUCUCAGUUUUAGUUCAAAAUACCAAUUACUUACUAGGCGACGCGGGGUUCUAUUCUAACAUUUGAUUUACCGGAUUGUUUCCGUUGACUUUGGUAUUGAAAAAAGUUAAUUGAAGUGCACGUGCAUAAUGAUGUUAAUGAUUCACUCAUAUUCGAUUACAAACUCGGGAAAUCUAUUUAAGUGUCGUAAUUCUAUAUCGAGAAAUUAGUGUACAAUUAUAAAAUUUACAUGUAAAUUGAAAGUAACAUUUCCCCAACAUCAUUUAAGCUUAGUGCUUUAAGGUUCGUUUUGCUCUUAAAGAGAUAAGAUAUGUGACAAAACAUUAUCGUUUUCCCUAUGCUCGAAAUGGUUACUUAUUACCUUUAAAUAGUGUUUGUUGCAUAUUUUAAUCACAUCUGUAAAAUUUGUUUUCGCUCUGUGAUAAAAUGUAAGAAAUUAAUGUGUAUAUUUCAUUCAGAUUUAAUAUCUCUCUCUUUAUCAAUCUACUGAGUCACUUUAAAUUACUCUUGUAUCAUCCUAGUCUACUUUUGAAAUUGACAAUAUUUUAAUUAUUAACACUAAAAAAAACUAUUCAACAAAUUAAGGAAAGUUAAUUUUGAAGUUGAUAUUACUAUAUUCAAAGUUAAGAUCUCCUCAAUUUAACUAUUAUUAGAUUGGAAGAAAAUACUUUGUUAAUGCGCAUCUGUGUUAGAGAUAAACAUGCUAGACAAAUAUUAAUUUGAUAUACUAUACGAACUGAGUAAUUAAUAUUUGGUACUUUUGCUAUUCACCAACUUUUUCAGAUAGAAACAAGCUCUGAGGAAUAAUAAAUUGUAGGUGCAUGUUACGGUUCUGCUUAAAAAAGUUAUAAUUUCAUGUUUGUUACCUUAUUUACUAAUUUCGAAUCGUAUUAUUAUCUUAAUUAUAAUAAUUCUAAAUUAAUAAAUAAUAUCUACUCACCCUGUGUAAAUCUGUGUAAGUAAUCAUAUAUGAUUUAGUCAAUAAGAUCAAUAUUAUUGAGCGUUUAGUUUUUGAGAUCCAGGCAGAAAAAACUGGUUUUAUCUUUUCAUUUUAAAAUCAUUAAAAAUGCAAAAGUUGAUAUUUUCCAAACUUAGUUAAAAAUCUUAGAUUUAAGUUUUAUUGCUUUUUGGCAAAACUUGCACCGGGUGGCUUAUAACGACUUCCAAUCACUUUUAUUCAAAAACAUGUGCAGAAACCCGAUUGGUUUUUACAUGAAUUAAAUAUAAAAUGUUAGAAAUAAUUAAACUGAUUUGACAUUUUCAGGAGCCAAUUUUUAACAAAUGAAUCGAUAACUGUAUUAUUGGUAGUGAGUGUUCGAUGGGAAACUGGAAAUAAUUUGAGAUUAUGAGAUUUCAUAGCAAAAUCUUGAAAUUAAUUCCAACAAUUAUAAAAUAAAAUAAAUAUUUUGCAAGUAAAAAUCUCAAAAAGCAAUGAGAUUUUAAAAUAUGUGCAUAUUGCACGUUUGUCUUAACAUAAAUCAUUAUCAAUUUCCAAAUUUUGCUGUUAUAAAUUGAACAGUGCAUACAUUUGUCUCAAUUAAUGUAAUAUUUACAUGUCCAGCAAUCACGUAUUCCUCUGUGCAGUUUCUAUGUACCACUCACACUUUCACAUACAAUCAGCUAAAUCAUAUAAAUAUAGCAAAAGAUUCGUAGCUUAGAGCAGGUAUGUUUCAUAUAUCAGUGUAUAUCAUAUCAAAUCUAUUGGUGCUUCAAAACGUUUUUUUUUUACAUUUAUCGAAAUAACAAAACUGUAUGUUCUCUUCUGUGCCCAUAUUACAAACAUGUUUUUUUUAUGAAUGGGUCGAUUUAAAGUCGAUAUCAACAAUGAUUACAGGUUUGAUGAAAUUGGCCACAUUGAAUGAAUCAAGGUUUUUGAAACGGGACCAUUUUAAAAUCUAUAGAAAGUAUUCGGGUAAGUUGGAUCUGAUCCGACAUUCCGUGAAACCAUGCAAGAGGCUAAAGCUUGUAAUCAUUAGACUUCCAGUCCAUUAAUAUGUAUAUCCAUUAACUAACAUAAAAUAUCAUCAAAUUCGUAUUUCGUUGAGAAUUACCAUUGCUUUGCACUCGCUAAGUUCAUUUUGGUUACCGAAUACAUUGAUUUUGCAAAAAUAAUCACUAUUAUCACAUUGACCAAUGUAUAUGUAUCAGUACAUAUUAUGAUCACUUAUCCAAUAAUUAGAUCUAUUAUAAUAUGUACAAAAUUCAAAAGUAGGUAGUUAUCUAUAUUUCUUGGACAAAUAUUUCAACAUGAUUUUGUUUCGGGUUCUUCUAGCUCUCAGCAAAGAAUGUAACUAAGACUACUUUAUUAAGAAUCAAUAAUUAAGUAAAGAACACUGUUAAAAAUCUAUCUACAGUUAUUUUAGUUGACCUUAAUUAACCCGGAAAAAUUAAUUUAAUUUGGACGUGGUUGAUAAAACCUAAAUGUUUGAAUCCAUUGUAAAAAUGCUACACAUUAGAAUGAAUACUUCACUAAAUCAUGUUCACUUUUGUCCACAUCAUUUUUGUUACUAUAACGUUUCGAUUAGCUAUGUACAUAUAUAGUAAUGUAAAAACAUUUGAAGAAGACAGGUUUUUGUCAUGAUAAUA